AUGCUCGCCUCGUUUCUCCUCUUUACUUCUCUGGGGCUCGCCUCCGCUGAACUGAGCCUUCGAGGUGCCGAUAUCUCUUCUUUAAUCGUAGAGGAGAAUUCCGGAAUCUCAUACAAAAACGCGAAUGGCGAGAGACAGGUUCUAGAGGAUAUCCUGUCUAGUAGCGGGAUAAACUCCGUGCGCCAGCGUAUUUGGGUGAAUCCAAGCAAUGGCGACUAUGACCUUGACUACAACGUCAAACUUGCAAAGCGGGUGCAGACACAGGGGAUGACAACCUACCUUGACCUGCACCUGAGCGAUACGUGGGCCGAUCCAAGCCACCAGACAACUCCCUCUGGCUGGUCCACAACCGACCUGGACACUCUGGCUUGGCAGGUUUACAACUACACCCUUCUCGUCUGCAACACGUUCGCCGAGAAUGGUCUAGAUGUAGCGAUCGUUUCUGUCGGCAACGAGAUCACCUCCGGCCUUCUCUGGCCGCUGGGCAAGACGCCGAACUACUCGAACAUCGCUCGGCUCCUGCACUCCGGUGCAUGGGGCGUCAAGGACUCGACUCUGGCAACCACGCCGAAAAUCAUGUUACAUCUUGACAACGGCUGGGAUUGGUCGACGCAGGAAUACUUUUAUAACCAGGUCCUUGCUGACGGGUCAGCGCUCGUCCCUUCUGACUUUGACUAUAUGGGUGUGUCAUACUACCCGUUCUAUAACUCCGGUGCUACGCUCUCGGCUCUGCAGACAAGUCUGAGAAGCAUGCAUUCGACCUAUGGGAAGGAUGUUGUCGUAGUGGAGACCAAUUGGCCUUACUCGUGUCCGCACCCCAAGUACACCUUUCCUUCUGACCUGCGGGAUAUUCCAUACUCUGUAGCUGGGCAGGAGGAGUUCCUGCAGAAGCUGGCAGAUGUCGUGGGAGGGGUGCCUGGCGGACUAGGGAUCUAUUACUGGGAGCCUGCGUGGGUCGAUAAUGCAGGGCUGGGCAGUAGCUGUGCAGAUAAUCUGCUGGUGAGUUAUCAGAAUGAUGAAGCACGUGCAAGUCUCCAUACUUUAGGAGAGCUAUAA